UGGUUGGAGGAGACGUAUCGUGGCUCGGAAGGUAUCGAAAAUCGGCGAGCCUACGUUGUUUGUAACGUUGAUCAGCCGGAUGUUGAUAACUGGUUAAGGACACCGAAAAUCCGUGUCAGCGGAGCAAACAGACUGCAUGUUGAGGUGACCUUCACGAUGCGAGACUGUAACGAAUUCCCAGGAAAUGCUCGCUCAUGCAAGGAAACGUUCCGAUUAUACGCAGUGCAAGUGACCAAUGGUCAGCAGUAUCAGGAUAUCUGGAAUUCUGAUUACUGGGAUUUGGUGGAUCGAAUAACAGCCGACACGGGACGACAUUCGAAGCACGAUCCAGCAACUGCUGCUGUAAAUCAAGAAGUUCGCAGCUAUACGGUUACUAAAGAUGCUGUAUAUUUUGCAUUUCGAGAUUCGGGUGCCUGCUUAUCGAUACUCAAUGUUAAGGCAAGAUCGAAGGACUUGGCCUAG